UAUGUCCAAUCGUAUUUUGACAAGACAGCGAUUAAAGUCGCAUCAAAAUUAUUAUGAAAUAUUUUUAGUGAAAUUUUAGUGUUUUACAUAUUAAUUUAAAAUUUACCGAGUGUAAUGGCGUGUAUAAAACCGUUAGGCCCCGGGCCGGGCGCGUACCGACUGCCCACCACGGUGGGCUUCCCCGCCCACGACCCGUCCCGAAACCGCAGCCCCAUGUAUUCGUUCGGCACCAACGGAGGAGCGCGAAUUAAGCAGCUCGGACCCGGGCCCGCAUACCGCAUCGACCGCAUCACCCGCGACGGUAUCGUCACAUCGCCCGCGUGGUCCUUCGGCGCCCGUCUGCCGGGCCGGCCUGCACAGCGCAUUCCGGGUCCCGGGGCGCACGCCCCCGAGCGGUGCCCGCCCACGCGCGAUCCUCGAGCGCCACAGUACUCGAUGGGCGCGCGGCUGGGCUACGCGGUGAAACGGCCGGGUCCGGCGCCCAACGCUUACGCGCUGCGCCUGGGCCCGGGCAGUCCCGCCUACACGAUGGGGGCGCGCGUCGGCUUUUCACUCAAGCCGCGCUCGCCGGGUCCCGCCGUGUACUUCCAGCGGGACACGGACGUUUACCGCACGCGGGCGCCCGUGUUCAGUCUCGCGGCGCGCUCGGAGGGCGCUGGCAAACCUACGAAGACGCCCGGCCCCGCCGCCUACCCUCCCCACUUGUACAACACCAAAAAGAAUCCCUACGCCUAUUCCUUCGGCACGAAGCACGGCGACUACGCGUGUCCCAUGAUCAUAAAGGAGGACACCAUGGACUGCCUCUAGCCAUCGAAACGUCGACUCACACAUCUAUACGUUUUGGUAAUUUCGGAUAUUAAAAUGUGUGGUGGAUUAAAUAUGUAAUCUAAAAUAACCGAUAGUAAAUCGGCAAUCGAGACCCCGUACCUUUAAUUUAGCCAUUGUGGGAGUAGAUAACGUUUGAAUAUAGUUAGCUGAGAGGUCUCGACAUUGGUGUCGCAUUCUGAGGCGAAAUAUAAAAAUUGCAAAAUUAGAUACGUCGUAAUUUUUGUAAACUUCGCCUUGACGCGAAAUAAUCAUUGAAUACAUUUGUUACUGUCGCUUGUGGUUCUAAUGUGUUAAUAAAAACAUUAAACUUGA